AUGACUUUUGAUAUUCGAGGAUUGUCGCAUCCUUCGGAUAUCCUGGAAACCGAGGCCGGGGAUCUCAUCCUUGAUCCCCAAUUCCACGGUCGUGUCUACCUCAACGGAAUGCGUCUGCCAUGCUCAGGGUCGGAACUCAAGCAGUAUCUAUUUGCGUAUAACUUCCUGCAUGGGAAGGUGAAUCGUGACCGACAGAUUUUGGUCGAUCGAGAUGAGGAAGCCAACAUGGUGCGACGAAUCUAG